AGGGGAAGGUCCGUCCUCCCCUCAGACGGAGUUAAACUACUCUAAAGCCACUUCCAACUACUUUCCUCCAUGGUAAAAUAAAACGUGCGUAGUUCUGAGUCGCGGUCGGUCCACGCAGCGAAGCCGGCGGGCUGAAGGGACCCGCAGGGAGGAGAGGGACGGCGACAUGUCGGAGGGAUCCGGGGCCGUCUGGAUGUGACUGUUAGGUGGGUAAAAGCUCCGAGCUGCCCCCGCUGCUGGUAAACAACAGCGGGCAGAGGAGGCUGAUUUCAGCAGGGACAUUUCAGCUGGACACACCGGGGACAGAGAGUCUAGAGAGCUUUAAGAGGACUUUAAGAAAGUUUUGAGGAAUCUGUGUCCAGAUCGGAUUUAUUCAACCGAUGCUUUUAGAUAUGAGUAUAAUGUAGCCUACUAGAUUGAUCGGUUGAUGGAUCAACUUGAUCGGAUCAAUAUUCAUCAUAGAGAAUUUUCGGUGAUUUAAACUCAAUAAUAAUAAUAAUAAUAACAUAACUUUAUUUGUACAGCACUUUUAAAAACAGAAGUUUACAAAGUGCUUUGACAUGUAGUCAUUGAGCACAUGGAAAAAGACAGAUUAAAACAAAAAGCUCAAUUAAAACGGAAUUGAAGGUUAUUUCCAUGUCAUAAGGAACCCAGGCAAUACAAGAACCAUGCAACAAAAAAUAAGACCACGAGGACCGAAAUAAAAACAUAAAAUAGUUAAGAAAAAAGGAAAAUGCAAUUAAAAGGGGGGGUCAAAAACAGGAUAGUACAUAUAAAAGGCGAUAUCAACAAUGAUAAUGAAAUAACAGGUAAUACUGAUGAUAAUAGUAAUGAUAAAAUAGAGCAACAGAAAUGAGCAAGAGAUGAAACAAUAAAAGGCCUAAAAGGUUAAAUAAGAAAAGAGUACAAGUAUAACAAAAGGCUAAAAAGACAGUAAGAUAAGAAAUAAGAUAGAGGUAAAAGAGAUGACAGAGAUCAGUCAGACAAUAAUGUGGAAGUACAAGCCAAACUGAUGAAUUUAUGUCUGAGAACUCUUGAUUAACAUGUCGUAUCAUAGUGUUUUAAAAUAGUAAAAGUCAAUUAAACUGACCCUAAAUAUAUUUUGUGAGCUUUGAGUAAAGGAUUUUCACUCUUGUGCACGUUGCAUAAAAAAACAUGACACUUAGUUGUGUUAUGAUUUUAUCAUUUAUGUGCAAGAAAUGAACUAGUGGCACCUAAUACUUGCAAAUAUUUACAUAAAGUAGCCGAUAACAUAUUACUUUGAUUUAGACGUAAAGUUAAAACUUUGUUCCAGACUUAGUUAUUAAUAAGGAGUGUAAAAGAAGUCUUGAAUCAAAACUCUUGAACUGUUUUAUAAUUUCAUUUCUUUUUUGAUUCUUAGAGGAGGAUGGAGGGAGAGAAAGAGACGGCAGAAGAGAAGGAGGAGGAGGAGGAGGAAGACAAAGGACUUCAUCCGCACAUCGCUGCCGCCGCCUCCUCUGUGGACUAUCCAGAUCUUCCCAUCAUGCACUGGGAGGACCUGAGCCAGAGGAUAGCUGAGCUGGAGAAGCAGGAGCAGGAGAGGAGGGAAAGGUCAAAGGUCAGCCGCGAAGACAGGUUUCUCUGUUUGGUUCUUUUAUGUAAAAACUACAUUUCCCACAAGUCUUAGUGCCUAUUUCAAUUGAAGACUAGCAUUAGAAGGUGGAUGUAACCGCUGGAUUGGUAAUCUAGUGCUAGCAUCGACGUGCCGUAAACCUGCAUUCUCUAUAAAGUCCAGCAGGGGGCGACCCUAUGGGCUGUAAAAGGAGGUCUUGAGAUGGUAUUGAAAUCUUGAAUAAAAAUGGUGUUUUCUUCACCACUUAUAGGAUAUAUGACUUUACAGCAGCCUACAAUAAAUGCAUUAGUUACAGUGAGAGGAUGAUUCCUCCAGUAUCUGGAAACACAGCAGCAGGUUCACUUUGUCUCUCAAUGAAUGAUCAAUUAGUUAAUUGACUAAAGCUUUAACGGUUUGAAAGCUUUGAAUUUCCCUAAUUUGGCUGUUUUGGGGUUUUGACAGCCCUCUUUUUCAUACCUACAGAGAAAUGGUUUCAAGGGUUCUUAAAAUCAUCUUAGGCUACGUUCACACUGCAGGUUAUGAUGAAAAAUUCAGAUUUUUUGUUAAAUCCGAUCUUUUUGUGCGGUCGUUCACAUUACAACAACGAAUGCGGCAUCUAAUGUGAACGGAAUGCGUCUGUGAAGUGACUCGCAUGCGAACAAAGGACAAAUUGCUUUCCGCACCUGUUUGUGUUGUCGAACAAUAGUGAUGUUUGUCGCAUAUUGAUGACGUAUAGGUCGGAUGAACGCGAUCUGAGCAUCCACACUGCAGUCACAUCGGAUACAUAUCUGAUUUAUAUCCACAUACAAAAGAGGCCUGGGUUGGAUUUGGAAAAAUCAGAAUUGCACUGUUCACACUUAGAUGAAAAAUCAGAUAUGUGUCACAUAUGGUUAAAAAAUCGGAAUUGACCUGCAGUGUGAACGUAGCCUAAUUUACCAACAUCUAGAUCUUCAGCAUGUGAGAUGAACUGCUCACACUUCAGCAGCCACCAUGUUUCCUGCAGCUUAGUUCAUGACCAGGACUGUGAUCCAAACCACGUUAAAAAAACUGAUGUGAACUACCACAGAAAAUCAGAUAUGAGCGAGUUAUUUAUAGACUUCUUUCACAAACAGUGGAGUCGCCCCCCACAGGACGUCAGAUAGAAUGCAGGUUAAAAGCUCUUCUGCAGAUGUGUUCGAAAUGACAUCUUUACACGCAGUAAACUAAAGUUUGGAGCCUUACUGUCUCAUCCUCUGCUGCAGACUUUGCAGAUUCAUUAAUUCAUCCCUCAGCUUUAUUUAGAGAAACUCCCUGCAGAGCUGCUUUCACUCUCUGCGUGUUUGUCCUCUUUGUGAUUAUCUUCGUCUCCGUCUGAUAACAUUCCUGGAAGGAUGAGAACAUGUUUGUUAUGGCUGUAAACACAGUUAGUGAGCUAAAAAGAGAGGAGCGAGGGAGUUUCAACAACCCUCACAUUACAGAGACUCGCUGUAGACACUCAGAGCUGCAUAUUCAACGUUCCCUGGUGGCUUAAUGAUAAUGUAGCUUUAUAAAAAGCUUCCCAACAUCAGCUCUCCCUCUCUGCUGAUCUGACUGUUUUUAUUUCUGUUUUCUCACCCAUAAAAACCUUCAAAUAAUGACAGAAAACCUUAAGACUUUGACAUCAGAUUAUCUGCUUUUUUUCCAGAAAAGUGGGCUGAGGAUGGGGGAGACUCAGGGGGGAGUGUGGGGAGACAUGUGGGAGGAAGAGGAGGACUUGAGGAGGUGUCGAGUUGCUGCUGUCGCAUCUCGGUGAGUUUAAAUAAUUUGCAAAUUUUGACCAAAAACUGUGCGUUAAAAGCAUUUUUGAUGAAAAGUUCCUCCACACUUCACUGUGAGGAUAAACUCACCAGAAUGAAAUCAGUUUUCGGAGACGUGUGGAGGGGUGAAGUAGUAUGAACAUGUGUGGAUGUCCAGUGUUGUCCUGCUGCAGUGUCAGGAUGUUUAUCGUCUGUUUACAGAUUUCACAACCACAGAAACCUGCAGCUGUGCUUCAUCAAUGACAGCGACAGUGAAGAGGAGGAGGAGGAGGAGGGAACCAAGAAAAAGGUCACUCUGUGCUUCUGAUGUAAAUAAUUUUAACAUGUCCCUGCAGGGAAAAAACAACUUUUACUUUUUCUGAUGCUCAAAGUUUUAUAAAUCUGGGAGUGAAUACAACAACAAGGACAGAUCUAGACAGAAGGAAACAACACGAGUAACCCCCAAUUUCCACCGCAUCUGGAACGUCUACGAAAAGGUCGUAUCCUCCGAUCGUAGCUGAUCGUAACCAUUCAAGUUAACGUGUCAAUUUCCACCGGCUUCUUUCUGUUCCGCUGCGGAUCACUUGACUCCACAGCUGACGCCGGAGCAUGGCGGAUAAAUUCAGCACAGAUUAACCCGUGCUGGAAAGGAAGUCGGGCACAGACACAAAAUACAUGUUAUUGCAUGAUUGCACAUGAAUCCGCAGGUUCUUGUGAGUUCUCGCAAUUCCUGGUGUCUGUAAUCCGCCACAAAAUUUGCCUCACAAAUGGAUCCGGUAGGAAUUGGUGUAUGGCAAAAAUCGCCGCUGUUCUGGAUCGGAGCCAGUCCGGAUGUGGUGGAAAUCCUGGGUGAGACACGCAAACUGCUUCAAGUCCAAACGGAUGUAGAGCUGCCAUGCAGAGCUUAAAGAAAAUGCCCAGGGUUUUUUCCUAAUUAUUACCAAAUGCAAAGUUGUUUAGAAGGAGCUGGGUCGAAAAGUGUCUCAGAAGUAGAAAGGGACUGUGACACUCAAACAUGGUAGAGCCUCGUUGUGAUGGAGUGCCAGGCACCUUUCAGGACAGAAGAUACGCAGGACUUUGUGGUAGUUUUGUGAACAGGAAGUAGGUUUUUAAAUUUGAUGCAGGCUGCAGAGAGGGAUGUGUUGUUUUGGGUUGGUUAAAAACCAGACGGACUUCUGCAUUUUUGGACCGUCUGUAGAGGUUUGACUGAGUAUGCAGGGAGGCCUGCCAGUAAGGAGUUGCUGUAGUCACUAUGUGAUAAUACAACAUCCUGUACCAGGUAGGGCUGCCAGUUAAAAAUGUUUGGAUAUGUUUGAGUUUUUCUUUAAAAAAGGCAGUUUUCAUGGUUUUAAACACUCGCUGUUUCGCUGUUCGUCUGAGGCGUCUCCUCCGCAGCCUGUUGAUGAGAUUUAAGUGAAAACUCUUCCAUCUUUGCAACCUUAAAACACAACAAUCUGACCUUUGACCUCUUACAUCCACAUCAGGUUUCCAUGGGAACAGGUGGAAACGGUUGCCAUGCCCAUGGGCUGAAAAAGGAAGUGGUCAUCGCUCUGAGGACGCUGAGAGACAAAGUGCUGAGUGAACAGAGAGAGAAGGAGGUAAAAAGAACUGAGAGAUAAGACGGAGAGACUGAGACGUUAUCAACAGAGACACACAGUGUGAGACAGUGUGUGUGUGUGUGUGUGUGUGUGUGUGUGUGUGUGUGUGCGUGUGUGUGUGUUGCAGCAUCUGGCCAGCUGCAGUGACGGUGCCAAUCGGAAACAUCUGGAGCGUUGGGAGCUGCAGGAGUGUUCACAGCAGCAGCUCAGCAGUCUGAGAGCGACACUUCAACAGGAAGUUCACGGUACACUAAACACACACACACACAUAUACAUAUACACUAAAUAUACACACAUUUUUAACACACGUUUCAGCUGUCAAACACUCCAUCUGCAGUCUGUAAGAGGCUCUGAGAAGACUGUAUCUCACGACGUCACAGAUUAGGGUCCCUUGAUUUAAAAACAAGGUUUUAUUCUUUAAUGAAACUUUUAAAAGCAUUUUAUAUCAAACUUAAAGGGUUAAUACAAAAAAUAUCUUCUUUCCUCUGAGACUCCGCCUCUCUGAAUGUCUUUUUUAUACCCAGUCAUGUGACUAACCUGUUGGACAUUCGCCUCAUUGGUUGGAGAUGUUCCUCCAGCUGUUUUUUUAGUGCUGUACAAGUUCAGUUGAUUCACGGCGAUAAAAACGACAUGAUUAAAAACAGAUUCUGUGUUUGUUGUCGUUUUUCAGCUCUGAGUUCUGAGCUCGUGGCUCACCUGUUGGUACGAGACCAGCUGAGGACGAAGCAGGACGCCAUGCUGCUGGACGUCCAGGACCUGACCUAACACGGGACCACAGACUGGACCGUCCACAUGAACACGUUAACUCCGUAAAAAUGUGAACGUUCGGACACCUUGGGACCAGGACAGGCUGCUCGUCCAUGUCAGUCCAGGAGUCUUCCAGAAAGGUUAGUUAGAUGGCUAAUUUAUGGACAGACCAGCAGCAAUCAGGGAAUCAAAGAUGGACAGAUGACUACAAGGUCGCGUUGAAAGACAGAGAUGUUGUCCGGAUCUGCUUUGACGCCAAAAGGUUUGGACUUCAUUGGACAUGAAAGGAAAGAGUCUGCAUGUGACGGCAGGUUCAUCUAAAACAAGCAGGAGAGAAAGAACGAGAGAAGAACGCAGUUUGGGAUUAUUGGAAAAAGGUCCAGCGUGCUUCUGGGUGAAGAGGUUCGAGGACCAGAGACAUCAAAAAGUGUCAAAACCAUCGACCUGUCCCUUUAAAACAACGAUACAGCUCUUCGUAUUAAUCAUCGUUAACUUUAGUCCUUUACUUGACCUUUAAAUCUAAGAUCUGAGGACAGCUCCAUGAACUCAACUGUUAAAGCCAAGCAGCGUGUCUGACUUUAAAUGAGCAGAAAUUAAAUCAUGUAAGUUUACGAAAAACCUGAAAAUCACAGCCAAAGUCAUCACUGUGAAGAGCAGGUCUAGACUGUAAGAUGGAGCUGAAUGGAAAUUGUGACAUUAUUUUUACCCAGUCUAAAAUACGUAAUUCAUAGGUAAACAUUUUGGCAUUCAUAAGCUAAAAGCUGCAACAGCUGAUUGGUGUUUCCUGUUUCUGAAUCCAGCCUCUACUAAAUAUAUUGUUUGAGGAAUUGAAAGACUGUGAAAAUGCUAAUUACGAAAGAAAAGGGCAGCGAACAGAACAAUGACAGGAAGAAACAGAAGACAUAACACAAGAGCACAAGAAUAACAUCACAGUGAACUUAAAACAGCAGAACAGACUGAGCUGAAUGUAUCCCAUCAUUCUACAGAUUAUCACGGUUUCCAAGAGCUCAAAGAGACGCAUUCAAAACACAUCUGUUAAAAACUAACAGCUCAAACAUCAAACUUUACCGAAGUUAUUACGAUAAAACCCCCAAAAUACUCAUUCAGUCAUGCUGGAAAAAAAAACAUGUUUGAAAAUGAAAUAUCUUAUUUUAACCUACCGUAAAAGCCACUUAUUAGUAUUUUCUAAACAGAAAAUUUUCUCCAAUUUUAAAGAAAUAUUUUUGUCCUUAUCAGAAGAUUGACUAUUUCUCUGUCCUAAUGACAACACAGAAAUGGUUGACAUUUGAAGGGCCACUGAGAAGUAAAUUUUGAGACAUUAAAAUACUUUUUAAUUCUGUCAUUAAUCUCAGAAUUCUAAGAUUUAAUGCAGAUGUAAUCUUAUUUUUUCAGAUGUAAUUUUUCCCUUCUUAGAAUACUGAGAUUAAAGGUAGACUUUGAUCUCAAAAUCCUAUAUUUGUCUUAAUUUCUGAGAUCAAAAUUGAAGUACUAACUGUGAUCUCAAACUUCACAGAAAAAAAAUGAAUUCUUUGAAAAAAAAAAUCAGAGUUCUGACUUUGAUUUGAGAUUUUUUCUUCCUCAGAAUAUCAAAGAUUGAAUUUAAACCAGAAUUCUGCCUUUUCUCUCAAAAACUCGAAUUUUUAUGUCAGAAUUCUCAGAAAAGAAAAAGAAAAUGUUUAAAAAUUCUGAUGUUUAUAUUAGAAAUCUUAAGGGGAUAAAAAAUUAUUCAGAUUUAAAACCCCUCAAAACUUUUUUCCUCCAGUGGCCCCUUGCUGUACAUGCCAGACCAGUAGGGCGCAACAAUGUGUUCUGUAUUUUUCGCACUAUAAGGCGCCCCUGAUUAUAAGGCGCACCAUCAAUGAACGCGUUUAUUCCUGUCUAUUUUCGUACAUAAGGCGCACCGGAUUAUAAAGCGCAUUCAGCCAAACAAAACAGUCAGAUAAGUCAAACUUUAUUUAACACAUUUAAUAACUCUGCGAGUCUACGGUAGCUGCAGUGCUCCGACAAGCCAAAAGGAUUUUAAGUGCGCCUUAUAGUGCGAAAAAUACAGUAAUCAUGUAAAACACCAUAGAAAAAUGUGCGGUUGUGUGUCUGUUUGGGCGAACAGCGAUUGUAAACAGCGAUUUUAGAGCUGCAUGUAGGGUGGCGAAUUCAUAACCACCGAACGUGACUCAAAAGUCGCCAAAUCUAGCAACAAAGUCUAUAUUGCCCUCUAGUGGUCUAACAUACGUAUUAGAGCAUUUUCAACUAUUUCUGCUUAUCGUGGGAAAAGAGGAACUCAGGAACACGUGUGGAGAUGGUGAGAGUCACACAAAAAAGACAUGACAGCAGGAAAUGAUGAGAGACCUCAUGAGGGAUUCUAACUUAUCUUAUUUAAGCUUUAUUUUGUUUACUUAUUUUGCCUGUUCUUAUUUUUAAAAGGGAGCAUUACACUCAUACAGCAUAUGUAGCACGAUGUAACUGUUAUUUUUAUAUUUUAUUUUUCUUCGGAACAAAAAGGGAAUUUUGACCAAUUUAAACAAAGACAAAAUGUUAAGUUCCUGUCAGGAGUUUUGAACUGGUUUUGGAAAUGGACUGAAAUUUACAGUUUUGUGCCUGUUUCACCUUAAAAAGCAGACGAGAAAGCUAACAAAAGGGUGUAUAGUAGGGCCCGACCGAUAUGGAUUUUUUGGGGCCGAUACUGAUUAUUAGGGGGGGAAAUAAUCCGAUUACCAAUUAAACAGAUGAUUUUUAAAAUAUUUUAUGAAGUUAUAAAAAUAUACAUAUUUAUAUUGUAGAUAUCUACAGUAUACUAUAUACUGUUGAUAUAUAGAUUACAGAUUAAUCUCAAACGGGCUAAAAUUGGCUGAUUUAAUCAGCUCACUGUAAAAUCAGUCGGGCCCUAGUGUAUAGAUUCUCUGUUUUAAUCUUUACCAUGGAAGGCGUUGCAUCGCGCAAUUUAAUUCGUGUAAACUUUUUAUUUGUUUUUCCACACUCAGAAUUCUCAAAGUGUGAUAUAUACACUCACCGGCCACUUUAUUAGGUACACCUGUCCAACUGCUCGUUAACACUUAAUUUCUAAUCAGCCAAUCACAUGGCGGCAACUUAGUGCAUUUAGGCAUGUAGACAUGGUCAAGACAAUCUCCUGCAGUUCAAACCGAGCAUCAGUAUGGGGAAGAAAGGUGAUUUGAGUGACUUUGAACGUGGCAUGGUUGUUGGUGCCAGAAGGGCUGGUCUGAGUAUUUCAGAAACUGCUGAUCUACUGGGAUUUUCACGCACAACCAUCUCUAGGGUUUACAGAGAAUGGUCCGAAAAAGAAAAAAUAUCCAGUGAGCGGCAGUUCUGUGGGCGGAAAUGCCUUGUUGAUGCCAGAGGUCAGAGGAGAAUGGCCAGACUGGUUCGAGCUGAUAGAAAGGCAACAGUGACUCAAAUAACCACCCGUUACAACCAAGGUAGGCAGAAGAGCAUCUCUGAACGCACAGUACGUCGAACUUUGAGGCAGAUGGGCUACAGCAGCAGAAGACCACGCCGGGUGCCACUCCUUUCAGCGCUAAGAACAGGAAACUGAGGCUACAAUUUGCACAAGCUCAUCGAAAUUGGACAAUAGAAGAUUGGAAAAACGUUGCCUGGUCUGAUGAGUCUCGAUUUCUGCUGCGACAUUCGGAUGGUAGGGUCAGAAUUUGGCGUCAACAACAUGAAAGCAUGGAUCCAUCCUGCCUUGUAUCAACGGUUCAGGCUGGUGGUGGUGGUGUCAUGGUGUGGGGAAUAUUUUCUUGGCACUCUUUGGGCCCCUUGGUACCAAUUGAGCAUCGUUGCAACGCCACAGCCUACCUGAGUAUUGUUGCUGACCAUGUCCAUCCCUUUAUGACCACAAUGUACCCAACUUCUGAUGGCUACUUUCAGCAGGAUAAUGCGCCAUGUCAUAAAGCUGGAAUCAUCUCAGACUGGUUUCUUGAACAUGACAAUGAGUUCACUGUACUCAAAUGGCCUCCACAGUCACCGGAUCUCAAUCCAAUAGAGCAUCUUUGGGAUGUGGUGGAACAGGAGAUUCGCAUCAUGGAUGUGCAGCCGACAAAUCUGCAGCAACUGUGUGAUGCCAUCAUGUCAAUAUGGACCAAGCUCUCUGAGGAAUGCUUCCAGCACCUUGUUGAAUCUAUGCCACGAAGAAUUGAGGCAGUUCUGAAGGCAAAAGGGGGUCCAACCUGUUACUAGCAUGGUGUACCUAAUAAAGUGGCCGGUGAGUGUAAAGUUGUUAAAGCAAAAGACAACACACCUGUUCAGAAAGAUCAGCAGUUUAGAGGAAUUAUCACUUUGUCCAAAGGGGGCGCCAAAACUGACAAGAGAUCUGCACAGGAGCUCCAAUUCACUGAAAAAAAAUUGGACAAAUUGAAUAUGAUUUUUUCCAAUGUUUCCCUGUCCCUGUAGAUUAAAAAAAAAGUAACAAAUGCAGACUCUGAGCUGUCGUUCUACAGUUUGUAUUUGAAUUCUGGUGCCAUACUUUUUAAACCGACACUAAGCUCUUCAGGUACAGUCCUCAGUUACAGCGUGAGAAAAAUGCACUUAUUUAGCCAGGGAAACAUGCUAACAUAAAAACAAUUUCUGUUUUGAUCUCCUGUAACUUCGGCUUUACCAGCUAAACAUCGAGAUGUUUUGUAAUAUUUUGAAUAAUUUUGUAACGUGAAGUUUUAUUCUGAUUGCAGUAAACUCUCAUUGUCCAUUUAUUCGUUAUAAAUAUUAAGAUGAUUUUAAACCACUACUACCAGCGUCCUUGGGUGCCUUACGAAGAAGUUAUUAUGAAUGUUGUAUUAAUUGAGGACAAGUUACUGUAAAAUAUUUUUAUUUUUACUCAGAUAUAUUAAACGUUAAAGUUGCGACAGUUUAAAAAUAAAAUGUUUAACACAAAAAUUCAGAAGUAAAAGAAAUAUGUUGCAAUAAUUGUGGUCUUAUGAGUUAACAAUAAAGCUAACGAUGUGAAGAGAUUUAUCAUUCACUGUGACUUAAAGAAUAUUUUGGAGAUGUGUUUUAAAAAUGUAAAUAAAAUAAUAUGUAUUUGUAAAUGUAAACGUUAACUGAAAUAUAUUUUGAUGUUCUGCUAAUCCUCCAUCCUGGUGUCGACUUUAUUGAAAUUGUUUUUUUUUCUCUCCAUGCUGAGCUUGGACAGAAAAUUUGGCAUUAGCUUUAUUUGGUAGUUAAAAGUGUUGUAGUCAGGAUCUGAGGAAGUUCCAGUUUUUAGGAGAAAUCUUGA